AUGAGUGAAAGUGGAUCGAAUUUAAGUGUUGGUCAAAAACAAUUGGUAUGUUUAGCAAGAGCUAUACUAAAAAAAAGUAAAAUUCUUGUAAUUGAUGAAGCAACUGCUAAUGUUGAUCAUGUAACUGAUGAAUUGAUACAAAGAGCAAUUCGUGAUCAAUUUAAAGAAUGUACAGUAUUGACAAUAGCACAUCGUUUGCGUACAAUAAUUGAUAGUGAUCGUAUUAUGGUGCUUAGUAAUGGAAAAUUAGUCGAAUUUGAUUCACCUGAAGUAUUACUAUUAAAUACUCAAUCUCAUUUUACUAGUUUAGUAGAACAAACAGGAACUAUUGAAGCUGAAUAUCUUCGAGCGAUAGCAAGUUUGGCUUCAUUAAAAAUUAAGUCAAAAGAAUCAAACACAGAUGACAAUCAAAAAUUAGACAUUGAAGAAAACGAUCCUGUUAUCAUCUAA